AUGGAAAUUCCACUCAGGUGGUCACUGCGCGAGAUGCUCCAGCUAGUGUUAUGGGGAGUCUUGCGACUGCCGCUCUUCCUCGUUCAAGGAAUCACAGCGAAAGAUUCGGACGUACAACGGCUCAAAAAGACAUCACCCGAUAGUAUCACUGCUGCUGCUGUCAAGUCUUGCCUGGACGAAGAAUUCACAUGCCGCCCGACAACCAUAGGUCCGAAGGACUAUAUCUAUUCUUUUGGCCGUAUAGGGUAUCGCAGACUUGUCAUAGCCCAACCACUCCAGACAGGAACUGUAAAGGCUGCCCACUGCGCAGCAACGGUUAGACAACAAUUUCCGAACGUUGAAUUUGCCUUCACGGUUGGCACGGGAGCCGGCAUUCCUUGCCCGCCAAAGCGAGACAUCCGCCUGGGCGAUAUUGCUAUUGGAGUACCUGGAGACACUCAUCCUGGAAUAGUCGAGUAUGACUUUUUGAAGUACGAACAAAACAAAUUCGUGCUCAAGGGCUGCGCAAACAAACCGCCGCCUAUAUUGAUCAGUGCGGACAGAUCAUUGCAAGAAGAUGAAUUAAUGCAAAGAAGCCCCCUAAGAGAUAUCUUGAAUGAGAUCAUGAAAUAUCCUGGAUAUGAGCGACCUAGAAGUGAUGACGUUUUGUAUGAGGACAGUUUCACUCACGUCAAAAAGGCACUUGAUUGUACAGUAUGUGAGCAAUCUGACCUGAAAAAGCAUGUGAUCCGAGUCCCACGUCUUUCAUUUCAGCCCGUGGUCCAUCGAGAUCUCAUACUUUCCGGUAAUGGAAUUAUCAACAACGCCCGUGAUCGGAAGAAACUUCAGCAUGGACACGACAAUGCCAUCUGCUUUGAGACGGUUGCUGCUGGAGUAACGGACGAGAUCCCUUGCCUCGUGGUGAGAGGAAUAUGCGACUAUGCGGAUACCCACAAGCAAGAAGGCUGGCAACGCUUUGCGGCGGCUGCGGCCGCAGCUUAUUGCAAGACUGUUCUCCUCAAAAUCGACGCACAAGAAGCGAGAGGGACCAAUGAACUGGGCUUUUCUUUGGGUGAGGCGUAUGAUCAAAUGAGAGCGAUCGGUGACACUAUUCAAAGGCAAGGUAUAGCUACCGCGCUGUGGCCUGUCAAACAUCUGUCGCCAAAAGAGACGGGCUAUGGCGGUGUGAGUUGUAGGAAAGAAUGGAUCGACUUGAAUAGGCUGCCGAUGGCCGGAGAUGCUGCCUUUGAUUCAUAUGCAGACCAGCACGAAACUUUCUGUCUUCCGGGCACUUGCAUCAGCCUUCUCCAGCGCAUUGAGGACUGGGUGUACGAUGAAAGUGGCAGAUGCAUCUUCUACCUAAACGGUAUGGCUGGAACCGGAAAGUCUACGAUAUCUCGAACUGUUGCCAAGCAUUUCAGAGAAAAACAAAUGCUGGGUGCUAGCUUUUUCUUCAAGAGGAAUGCAGGUGAUCGAGGACAUGCAAGACGGCUUUUCUCGACAAUCGCCAGGCAGCUCAUCACACAUCUCCCUCAGCUCUCACCGAUUAUCAAGAAAGCUGUUCGAGAAAACCCUGAUAUAUCCACAAAGUCACUAAGGGAGCAGUUUGGAAGACUUCUAUUCUCGCCACUGAUAGAACUGGGAAGAACUGGAAAGGACACCGAGACUAUUGUGAUAGUGAUCGAUGCAUUAGACGAAUGUGAGUCGGACAAAGACGUGCGACUCAUAGUUCAUUUACUAUCUCAAUUGCGGGACUCGGGUGUAGUACACCCACGGAUCUUCUUAUCAAGUCGACCCGAGUUACCUAUUCGUCAGAGCUUCAGCCAUCUCGUUGCCAACAAGUAUCGUGACUUUGCUCUGCAAGAGGUUCUAAGUCCAACAAUAGAACACGAUAUAUCGCUGUUAUUGAGGCACAGGAUCGCAGAAAUCAAAAAUGAUAACCUACUUCCGUCCAACUGGCCCUCUGAGCAGGAUUUUCAGAAGCUUGUCACAUUGUGCGUUCCUUCGUUUGCUUCUGCUGCUGCUUUCUGCAACACGCUAGAGGAGCCUCAAUGGGAUCCAGAGGAAGUCCUUGGGGAGUUCCUCCAAAGCCCCAGGCUCAAGCUAGAUCAGAUAUACCUCCCCAUCUUGAAUCGCAUGCUCCAUGGGCGGGCCAAAUCCCAGCAAGAGAAACUACUUCGGGAAUUUAAAGAAGUAGUUGGUCCGAUUCUUAUUCUCCAGCGUGCGCUAUCGGUCAAAUCGCUUUCAAUACUCACUGGCCACUCCGAGAAGUUGAUAAAGCGGAGGCUGGGCUCUCUGCACUCCAUCAUCAAAGUCCCAGACGAUGAUAUACUACCAGUGGAACCUCUUCACUGGUCACUCCGAUCCUUCUUACAUAGCCCAGACUCGCGCGAGAUGAUACCCUUCUGGAUCGAUGAGAAAGAGACGCACAGUGAAAUCACUGCGCGGUGCCAGGAACUCAUGGAAUACACCUUUGAACAAAACACCCAUAAUCCACCAGCCUCCGACAAACCCCAAGUGGACUCGGACUCAGGGAAUGGGACAUACAACAAUACCACCCCGGAACUCCAAUAUGCGUGUCAAUACUGGGUACAUCAUCUAUUGAACAGUGCGGAUUCUGUUGAUAAACUAGACACAUUCUUUCUAUUCCUCCAGGAACACUUCUUUCAUUGGGUUCAGGUGCUUAAUGUCAUCAGCGACCGAUCUACUAUCACAGACAUGAUUAAUCGUUUACAGUCGAUCAAGCAUGAUCAUAAUAUGUCGAGGUUUCUGGAAGAUGUGAAGAAGUCCAUUCUUAAAAAUGAAAGUGGACUAAUAGAAGAUGAAGAAGAUGAUAGUACGCGAUAUAUAGUUGGCCAAUCGCUUUAUAUGGCCGGGUGUCUUGGAAUUUAGCACGCACCUUCAGCGUUCGCAUGGACACAGGUCUAGUACUAGAUUUCAGCUCCUACUAUUUAUAGAGUUGGCGGCCGAAAUGAUUGUCAAGAAAACUGCAUUGGCAUGUAAUAAAUAGGGU